UACCACCUUAAAUAAUCAUUUGUAUGCAAUGCAGUAAUGUAUUUCCUAAGUAAGUCUUACAUUAUAUUAGUGGCAUAUUAUGAGGAAGGGUAAAUUCACCGUUUUAGUGAUCUGUUCACGUUUAGCCAAAGAUUGUGAAUUGUUUGUAAAUGGCAACCUCCCGAACACUUUACCGCCAAAAGUUGUGACGUCAUUCUGGUUAAUAACAAUUUAGGAGGAUCCGCCGUGAGAGGAACAGAGUAUAAUCAAAAUGGCGCUAUCUAGUUCAAGCGCGGGCAAUAAUGAAACGUUGGAAAUUACCAGUCCAAAACGACGAAAAGUAAGUGACUCUGACGACAGCGUUUUAACAGUUAAUUCCGAUUUAAAGGAUUUGUCACACUUCGAGUUUGAUCGCAUUCUAAGUGACAGUUCUGAGCGAAAGAGUAUUUGCUUGUAUGGGAGUUUCCGGAACACAUUAGGGAAGGCGAUAGUUUUACUGGAGAAAAAACCCUUUGACGAAGAAAAUGUGAAGGGUUUGUUGAAGAAUACCUGCCCUGUUAGCCAGCAGUUUUUUAAUGACAUAUAUGGGAAUUAUUUCUGCAAAGCUGAUGCAGACUUUAAUGAAAUAAAAGCUACCGUUAUUCAUCCUGCUACAGAGAAACAUGUAAAAAAAUAUGAGGCCCAAAUUCAUCACCUUAUUGAAGAAACUCCUAAUUUGUAUGAGACAAUAACACUACCAUUUAUUCAAAAAGAACAGUUCAACUUGCAGUGGAUUACGAACAUACUUGAACACAAAUCGGAAACAGAUCGUAUAGUAUGCGAGGACACUGAUCCUGAGACAGGAUUUGUCCUCCUUCCUGACCUGAAAUGGGAUGGCAAGCAAAUUGAGAAUCUAUAUUUAAUAGCUAUUGUGCGUAAGCAAGGUAUUCUUUCCUUGCGAGAUUUGAGAGGUUGUCAUUUAGAUUUGCUACAAAAUAUUUCCAAGAAGUGUGUGAAAGCUAUAGAAGAGAAAUAUCGUUUUCCAAAAUCAAGGUUGCGGAUAUAUUUUCAUUAUCAACCAUCAUUUUAUCACUUGCAUGUUCAUUUUACAAAUGUUGACUACAAUGCACCUGGAAUCCAUGCUGAAAAAUCUCAUCUUCUCCAAUCUGUCAUCAGUAACAUUGAACUAAUGGAUGACUACUACAAGAAAGCUAAUUUAAUGUUUUGUGUGAAGGAAGGUGACAAUUUAUUUAAAGAAUAUGAAGAAAAAGGACUUGUGAAGAAAUGUGUGACCUAACACAAUGGCACAGGAAUACCAGUAAAAGGACUAGUGUAAGAAUUGAUAUGAUCACAUCAAAAGCUUAUGAGAGUUCAUAUGUGUGUGAAUAAAGCCAUCAAAUUGAUGGAAAUGGACAGGCCAUAAACAUAAAAUUUUAAAUGGUCUGUGUUGUUUUUUCAUCUCAUUUUUUAAUUAAACUUGCAUCUGCUUUUUAUUAAAUAGACUAAAUUUCAAUCACAGGAUUAUGCAUAUAAAUAAUAUUUCUUAUGAAGGAAGUUUUAAAGAGACUUUCUCUUGCAUUCUAGUUUUAUAAAUACAUUGAUUUCUUUCUCCAGUUGCAAUGACAAGAAUAAUAGAGAGCAAAAUGGUUCGAGCACAAGAUAAAAAAACAUUUGUGAAAGAUUUGAAUAAUUUCUAAAUGUUAAUCACUGUCCUCCCCGAAAUUGGUUUGGCACCAAUAAGUCAAAAAUAUAAUUUGUGUGACUGAACAGGCAGUAGAAAUAGUACAGUUGUAGUGUUGUGAAAUGGUUUAGGAAUCACUUACUUUUUGGUACAUUUGAGUUCAGAAGAAAAGCUAGAGAAAUAAGAGAAUGUUGGCACAUCAAACGUUUUGGAAUGAAAUACCGUGAAAGGAUUAAAACAUUUUUUCUUAUUUGAGUGUUUAGUGAUGAAGAAGCUGAAGCUUUGUCAUAAACCAUAUUUAUGGUGUAGAUUUAGUGAAUUUUGAGAACUAUAUUGUAAUAGGUGAGAGAUUGUGUUAUAAUUUUGAACUGCAUUGUUAUGAAAUGUGUAGAUACAAAAUUUUUUUAAUAAUGGACUUCUUGCAUGAAACUGUUGGAUAAAGAAGGAGUACCUCUGCUAGUUUUAUGCAUUUAUUAUUAAGGGUAAUGUUUCAUUGACUUCAACUAUUUAAUGGAAAGACUUAUGUAUGUACAGGAUACUGUAUUUUUAUGAAGUGAAAUGUAAUAUUUUGGUGUAGAAUACCAUGUUUUGUUUCUCUACUUACCUGCAAAGAAGCAAAUGUUGAUUACAUGUUAUUUUAAUGGGACCAUAAUUGGGAGCAUAAUGUUAUUUAAGAAGAUUAGUAUCUACAUAAAUGUGCAGAAAAUAAAUCUUUUUAUAUUUCAAGAUUCUCAGUUUUUGUGAUAGAAUCCACAGUAUAAAUUGAUACUUAGUUCAUUUUAGUUUGCAUAUGAGAUAUGCAUCUGUAAAACAAUCCCAAGCAUCCUGAUCACCGCAUAAAUUUGAGAAUUAUCUCUAAAGAACUCUAAAACAUUUUAUUCUGAAUACUCUGUCAGCUGUGAAAGGCAAUAAAAUAUAAAAUCAAAAUAAAGCAAAUGCUAAUGACUGGUUUUCAUUUUUAAAACAGUUCUGAUCAGAGUUCUUGCAUUAAAUUUCAUGUAACCAGUUUUUGUAAACUAUAGUCCUUCAUCAUUUUAGUUUUAACUUUAUUAAUUUAAAACAGAAAAUGAAAAUAUUUUCAUUAUUCAUAUUC